AAAGAGACUCUGAAAAUGAGAAUUCUUUGUUGUAAGAUAGGAAUUAAGAAUUAUUUGCAAUUAAAAACAGGCAGACACCUCAGGAUUGCGUGUGGCGUCCUGCCUCUUCUGGGGUGAGGUACUACGAUGCCGCUGGCAUCCCGCAAACCCCCAGCACUGCGCCUCUACUUCAGUCAAUCCUCAUUGCGCAUCACAUCCUUUGUCUCCAAUCAGCUGUUACGCCGCAAGCGACAUAACCUAGAACCGAGUCUUCACACGUGGACAUGUGUCAGUUGCAUGUCCUUCGAACCAAAUUCCAAUUUUUAAUUACACAGUGACAACUUCUAGAUUUUAUUUUGACAAGUGAUUGAGUGCUGCUCGCCAUUAUGAGUGAAGAAAUCAAAAGCUUUGAAGAUUUGAAGCUCAAUUCUUGGAUUGUGAAGCAGCUCGCAAGUAUAGGGGUGAAAAAACCAACUCCGAUCCAGCAGAACUGCAUUCCGAGGAUACUGGCUGGUGAUGACUGCAUUGGAUGUGCCAAAACUGGUAGUGGAAAGACACUGGCAUUCGCACUGCCUAUUCUACAGAAAUUGUGCGAGGAUCCUUAUGGUAUUUUCGCCCUGGUGCUCACGCCAACUCGAGAGCUAGCGUUCCAGAUUGCAGAGCAAUUUUCAGCAAUCGGUAACGCGAUAAACCUGAAGAAAUGCGUGGUGGUGGGUGGAAUGGACAUGGUGGUCCAGGCUCAGGAACUAGCUAAGCGUCCCCACAUAGUGGUGGCCACUCCGGGAAGGCUGGCAGAUCACUUGGAGAGCUGUGACACAUUCACCCUCAACAGGAUUAAAUUCCUGGUACUUGACGAGGCUGAUAGGCUCCUGGGGGGCCACUUCGAUGACCAGAUUACUACAAUUUUCAAAGCCCUGCCUAAACACAAGCAGUCCCUCCUGUUCAGUGCCACGAUAACAGACACUCUUGAGCAGGUCAAAAUGGUGGCCUCCAACAAAGUAUUUGAGUACGAAGCUCAGGAUGACUCCGGCACCGCCACUGUCAAGGAGCUGGAUCAGAGAUAUGUUUUGUGUCCUAAUGACGUCCGAGACGCUUUUCUUGUGGAAGUUAUCAGGACGUUUCGAGCAGAAAAUGAGAGGGGGUCCAUUAUGAUCUUCACUGAUACGUGCAAAUCCUGCCAACUCAUCUCCAUGACUCUGAACGAAGUUGGCUUCGAGAAUGUUGCCCUCCACGCAAUGAUAAAACAGCGGGAGCGUUUAGCUGCUCUCAGCAAAUUCAAAUCUAAUCACACGAAGAUCCUGAUUGCCACAGACGUGGCUGCCAGAGGGCUAGACAUACCCUUCGUUGAGCUGGUUCUCAAUCACUCGAUUCCCAACGUCCCUAAGGAGUACAUUCAUCGUGUGGGGAGAACAGCUAGAGCUGGACGUGGUGGCAUGGCAAUUAGCUUGAUUACCCCCUACGACAUUAAAUUGCUUCAUGCCAUUGAGGAGACCAUUGGGACUAAAUUAACUGAGUUCAAAGUCGACGAUAAAGAAAUCGUGACGAUAUUCACACAAAUCUCUGUAACGAAACGCGAGGCUGAGAUAAAGCUGGACGAGACUGAUUUUUACGAGAAAAAGAUGAUAAAUAAGCGAAAAAAAUUGAUUCUCGAGGGUAAAGAUCCGGAUGAAAUAGAAGAGAUUCUGGCGUCAAAAAAGAAACAGCGAAAGCGAGAGAAGAAAGAAGUGGAUAUUAAUAAAAUACAGGGUGAAGUUGUAGAGAAAGGGUCAAACGAUAGUUGACACAUUUCAUCUGAGAAUAAAUUGUUUCAAUUGGCUUUCA